AUGUUUUCAAAUUUGAUAAUAAUUAUAAUUUCUCUAUUAAAUUAUUCAUUCCAAUUUAAUCACCUUACAAAAUAUAGUGAAGAUGAAGCACGAAAAUUGAUUUAUCUUUGUGCGGCUUCUUAUGGCAAUCAGCAUGUUUCCUGUUUGAAUCAAACUUUUAAAGAUGUUUCCAAGUAUCAGUUAUAUUCAAGUAACAAAGCGGUUUGUGAUGAACUUGGAACGAUUUGUGAAAAUUAUGCAGGUACUACGAAUCCAUUUUUUAUGAUUUACAAAACUUUCAAAGAUUUCAGUCGCAUCUGACACUCAUAAACGUGUUUAUUUCGUCUUCCGAGGAUCUCGUGGAAAAGUUCAAGUGUUUUUAGAAGGAAUUGAUCAAUGGAAGAGUAAACCAUUUCUUGACAUCGGCCAAGUGAAUUCGUAUUUCAAAAGAGCUCAUACAGUAUUAUGGCCACCUGUUUUGGAAAUCCUGAACAAUUCGAAGUUCAAAAAUUACAAGUUUUAUUUCACUGGACAUUCUUUGGGUGGAGCAUUGGCUUCUUUGGCAGCUGUGAAAAGUGUUAGAUUAGGUUUUCUGGAUGGUGAAAAUGUAAAGUUGGUGACGUUUGGACAACCGAGAGUUGGAAAUUAUGAUUAUGCAAGGAAUUUUGAUAAUCUGGUACCAAAUAGGUUAGUUGGUCAACGAUUUCUUGUGAUGUAACUAUUUUGUUUGAAGUUUUCGAGUUGUCCAUCGUCGAGAUAUUGUUCCACAUCUUCCAUCUUGUCUUAAAUCAAAUUCAACAAUAAAUGGAGAGUUUGCAAAACCGUGUAACUCAUCAAUUUAUGAUCAAAGAUAUCAUCAUGGAACUGAAAUUUGGUAUCCAAAUGGAAUGAGCAGAGAACCGAUUCAAGACUACAAACAAUAUGUUGAAUGUAUUGGUCAACCACUUAACGAAGAUUUCAAUUGUUCAGAUGCUCUUCGGUUUUUCUAUUCAAAAUCGAGUGAAUAUAUUUGGGACCAUCGUCAUUAUUUUGGAAUUCGGGUUCCGGAAUUUGGAAAAACUGGAUGCGAUCGAAAUAAUCCCGAGGGUAACUAA